AACCAAGAUGGAGAGGAAUAGCAAUGAUGUUCGGGGUCUGCUAUCCAGAAUGCCCGACAAUACUGCAUUCAAACAGCAGCGGCUGCCAGCCUGGAGAUCUCACCUCACAGCCUGGGCAGUCCUCCCUGGCUUCUUUACCACUGGAGCAUUCUUUCUUGGCAUGGGCAUCCUCCUCAUAUUAUCUGCAAAGAGUGUCAAGGAAAUUGAGAUUACAUAUACAAGCAUGUGCUCAAAUUGUGCGAAACUGAGAGAAAACGCCUCUAAUUUCUACAAAGAAUGUACCUGCUCUGUUCCUUUCUUCAUUCCAGAGAAAAUGCCAGGCAAUGUUUACAUGUACUAUAAAUUACACAACUUCUAUCAAAACCUUCGCCGAUAUACUAUUUCCAGAAAUAAUCGCCAGCUUUUGGGAGAAGAUAUUACGAAUGUUGAGAAUUGUGCUCCAUUCCAGAGGGAUUCCAAUGGUAUACCCAUUGCUCCUUGUGGUGCCAUUGCCAACAGCAUGUUCAAUGACACUAUUCUUCUGUCAUACUAUCCUCAUUCAUCUACAAGAAUCAACGUCCCCCUGCUCAGCAGCGGGAUUACAUGGUGGACAGACAAACAUAUAAAGUUUCAAAAUCCCAGAUCCAAUAAUCUUCCCAGUGCUUUUACAGGAACUACUAAGCCUCCUUACUGGAGGAAGCCUGUCUAUCAGCUGGACCCCGAGAAUCCAGAAAACAAUGGCUUCCUUAACAAUGACUUCAUUGUCUGGAUGCGGGUGGCAGCCCUGCCAACCUUCAAAAAACUGUACAGGCGCAUCCACAGAACGGGACCCUUUGCCAAUGGUCUCCCUGCGGGGAAUUACAGCUUCGACAUAGCCUACAACUUCCCUGUAACUGUAUUCAAAGGAGAGAAGGGGGUUGUCCUUUCCACAGUGACAUGGAGUGGAGGGAGUAACCUCUUUCUGGGUAUUGCCUAUUUGACCACAGGAGCAGUGAUGUGGCUUGCUGCCUUUUCCAUGACCGCUGUCCACUUAAAAAUGAAAAAAAGGAAUAUAGUCUCUGAAAGUUAA